AUGCCAGGAGUGACUGCAUACGCAGGUCUAUUUGAAGUAGGCUCUCUCCAAAAAGGAGACAAAGUUUUUGUCUCAGCUGCAUCUGGUGCAGUUGGUCAACUUGUUGGACAAUUUGCUAAACUCAAUGGUUGUUAUGUAGUUGGAAGUGCUGGAUCUAAAGAGAAG